AUCCCCAUCAUCUCAAACUUUCAAUUCUCAAGUAUGAAUGAGUAAAGUGUUCUUUUGAAAUAUCAAAAAUUUAAUUUAAUUUUCCAUUCUGUCCCCAUAUGAAUUAUAAAAUUCACGUGAAGCUGCAGUUUUCAUGAACCUUAAUUUACACAAGAUCCCACACAAUUAAUAUUAAGAUUCAAAUUUCAAACCAUGUGAAGUAAUAAUCCAGAUUAAGAUACAAGACACCACAUAAUUAAUCGUCACCAUAAAAGAAGCGUCCAAUCAAAGCACCGACCAAGUUGGAAAUCGAAAUAACACCACGCCAAGUCGUGGGAUUUGGAUCUAUCCUCCGUUCCCGUCGUUAGCGAUCGAUCGAGAAUCUCAGAUCUCAGAGAUCGGAGGUCACGUGCAGCCUCCGAUCGAUACGACUACGUACGCAGGAGUGAGUUUUGUUUGAAAAUGAAGGCGGGAUGGAGGUUGAGGACAAAAGUGACGGCGGCUGUGAUAUCUGUGAGUGUGAUAAUAGGCUUAUGGAAACUGUCGCAGGCCGUCAAGACGUACGUUGCGAAGAAGAUCGCCGACGUGCCGAUGCCGGAGGCGAGUGUAGAUGAUGUCGACUUCAAGAGCGUGAGCCGGGAGGGAGUCGAGUACUUGGCCAAGGUCUCUGUUUCCAAUCCAUACCCAACUCCUCUGCCCAUUUGUGAAAUAUCCUACUCGCUCAAGAGCGAUGGCAGGGAGAUAGCAACAGGGGUGAUACCAGACCCGGGGUCGUUGAAGGCGAAGGCAUCGACAAUGGUGGAAGUGCCAGUGAAGGUGGCUCACAGUAUAUUAUUGAGCUUGGGAAGAGACGUGGCCAAGGACUGGGACAUAGACUAUAAAUUGGAUUUGGUGUUCAUAAUUGAUCUCCCUGUCAUCGGCAACAUCAAGAUUCCUGUUUCGCAGCAGGGCGAGAUCAAGCUUCCUACCCUCUCUGAUUGGUUUGCCUAGCUCAAUUAUAUAUGACAUCUUUUUUAUUCUCAUUUCUCAAAACAAUUAUAACAUUCGCUUGUUCCAUCUAGUAUUUCUCUGC